GCGUCUGUGGAUGAUGAGUAGGGGCAAGGAGGAGACUCACGACAAGAUGUAGGGGCGAAUGCCCAGCCAGACACAGCGAAAAGGGGGUGUGGUGUGGAUUUCCGCGAUUCCAUCAACGACAAGGGACGACACAUCAGCAUGGGAACAGAAGGGUCAAAAAGCUCUCCAGCGCCAGAUUGGAGGACGCCGAUCAUCGUCACUCCCAUUGCUGUUGUCGUUGUGCUCAUGUUGAUACUGGGCCUUCUGCUAUGGAUAAAACCAGCUUUCUUCAACAAGAUGUUGCAAAAAUGUCAGACAGCUGGUGGGAUGAUCCCUUCACGCCAUUUGCGCAAUUUCACGUUGGAUGAAUUGAGUCGGGCAACGAAUAACUUCACCACGAAGCUUGGGGAAGGAGGAACUGCAACUGUGUAUAAGGCGACGCUGCCACAUGGGGAGAUCGUCUCCGUAAAAGCUCUAAAGGUAGGGUAUUGGACCAAUGAGCAAGUUUUCUUGCACGAGAUAAACCUUCUAGGGAGAGUAAGCCACCCCUACUUGGUGCAGCUUUUGGGAUUCUGCAAUGAGGGAAAUCAAUACUUCCUAGUCUAUGAGUACAUGCCCAAGGGUGCCUUAAAGGACCAUAUUCUCAUCAGUGAAGUCACAGAUGCGGAUCCCAGAGUUCGAUCCCCAGACCUUACCUUACCUGUGCACAAGUAUCAAAUCUUCGACACCGUCAAGGACGAGAACUCAGCUCUAGAUGUGGUUGACCCUGUGCUGCGGGGGGAUUUCAUUCCGCGACAGCUUUAUCUAUUGCUGAACAUUGCAGAGCAAUGCAUCCAAUUCAUGCCUGAGAAGAGACCAACCAUGAGACGUGUGGUACAUGCCCUGGAAAAGAUUCAGCGUCGAGUAGCGGACGUAGGUGCAGACGCGUCCAAGUCAAAAACUGGGAGGUGGAGGUGAUCACCACACUUGCCUGCCAAAUUAUUAUAUCCUAUGUUCCUAACAUUGGACUCACAUUUUUUGCUAGUUCAUUGGCUGAGCUACUCCACCGGGGAGCGAGGAAGAGGUACGGCACUAUUUAUGGGACCUGUUUAUGGACUGGCAUCUGCCGACUUGUCCACUUCGAAAGCAGUGGAACGCGAGGGAGGACUGGAUUUCCCACUGCUUUCAAAAAAACGAACCGCGUUCCAACGGCCAGAGUUGGAUUUUGUGAAUCACAACAAAAAUGAUUAAGUUUUGUCACUUUCAAACAUUAUCAUGACAAUGGUAUCCGUCUAGGAAUAACAAAAUUUAAUUUAAUUUAAUGAUCAUUGAUCUCCAACUCUUGUUGGUUUGAAACUUAGUUCAUUAAAUUUGACGGUUUCAAAAAAACUCAGACAUGAUUUCAAGUGCGAGAUUGUCUGAGGAAAUCCCACUUGCGACAAUCUCACAGAGAUCAUGCUGACGUCAGAGUUUGGCAGGCUCCUGCAAGCCCGGUGAGGGCUCAGGAAACUGAUCUGUUGUCCCCUUUGAAGCUAUCUAUGGAGGGAGCAAGCCGUGCUUAGUAUAGUACUGCUUGCUGCAGGCGAACUGGUUGAUGGUCAGUCAAGGGCAGAGCGAAUAUCCAUGCAUCUUGCACAUCCAAGGGGUGUUUCUCGCCAACGAUAAACAAUCAAGGAACGGCCAUUCAAUGCGGAGAGAGAAUGGCCGAAAGGUAGGUGGUCGGACAACCACAACGAUAAACAAUCAACGAACGACUGACUAUUCAAUGUGGAGAGGAAAUGACCGAAAGGUAGGUGGUCGGACAACCACAGCUACUUCAUCGCAGGCUAAAUUACAACUCUAGAUGGCUCAUCGCAUGAAUGUGCAAAUGGCGUAGCCAGGCGGAAGUUGGUGGUCACCAAAACUGUACAGGCAUUUGCGCAUGAAACUUCUUCUGAAUGAACAUUCGCUUCGUCAUGAAGACCCAAAGACGGCGCCCUGCUAUCUUUGUCAUCACGAUGAUGGAUGAUAGAAGAAGAACUUAUAAGGCAAGUCGGACUAUCCGAGCCAAUGACUCUGGCAACAUAUUUGCUGAGAUCCUUGGUCUCAGGACGAGGAAAAAAGGUACUAAUAUGAUCAACAUACGUACGCACGGUACCCUUUUAUUCGUACCCCUGUAUUCACAAUAUACCAUCCGUAGCUUACCAAAGCCAUGGUAGGUGUUCAGAUGGCAUCACACCAACAGAGUAGACAACUUGAAGGUCAUUCUCUCAUAAGAUCCCUCUUGUCGGGCUCCUUAUACUGUGUGUUACCUACUCUCGCUCUCAGGCUGCGCAGUGCUAGCGCAUGCAUUGAUUCCUCUUGAGCUGCUGUUGGGAAAGACUGACAGUUCAGUCAUCACACCGACAACGUCUACAACAUUCUCAUAAGAUCCCUCUUGUUGGGCUCCUUCUACUAAGUGUUCCCUUCUCUCGACUCGUGCUGCGGAGUGCUCGCACAUGCAUUGAUUCAUCUUGAGCUUUUGACACAGAAUGGCAGUACAGUCAUCACACCGAGAAAGUCAUCACACCGAGAAUGGCAGUGCUCUCAUGCGACGGAGUGCUCGCACAUGCAUACGAUCCCUCUUGUCGGGCUCCUUCUACCAUGUGUUUCCUACUCUCGCCCUCACGCUGCGGAGUGAUAGCACACACAUUGAUUGAAUUUGAUUCCUCUUGAGACUGACAGUUCAGUCGGACUGAGACUGAAAUUAUUGAAUUUGCCGAUGCCUGAUGGAGGCAGGCACAUUGGUUGGUAUCUGAAUAAUGUAUUCAUUGCCGUCAUCCCACCUCCAACAGCUUGGGCUUCGGGGCUAUUGAUAACUGGUCUUCUGAGUGAAAAGAUUGUCCAUGUGUGUGGUCUGGGAAACAUCCUUCAUGUUGACCUGGGAUAUCGAGAUCGUCUCUUCUAAGAUGUGAACAGGCUGGUUCUGAAGUUCACAGGCUCUAAACGCUUUUCGUCUC